GUCUAUCUGAGCUUAGUUCCCGAGAGAGGUGUGUUACCCUCAGUCAUCCAUGAUCUAUCACGAAGACCCCCAUCCAGGCCUCCACCUCAACCCACGUUUCAUCCAGCGACUCGAAUGAUUUGCUUUGUGACCAUGCACGCAAAUCCCCGAGCAUUUCCUAAGUUGGAUGACGGCCGUGAUGCGCGGCCCAACGGAUUACGCACUUGGCCCCCCAGAAACACAACUUGCCCGCGGCAUGGGCCGUCUCACACUGGUUCGCCUCAGCUUUUCCAGUGUCGCAACCACGUUGCCGCCAGCGCCCGCAACGUCUCCCUUGUGAUGAAUGAGGCGCCGUAGCGGCAAGUUAGCCUGCCCUCCCAGUUCCCCCAGCGCGGGAUCUCCCUGGCCCAAGCUGCCCUACGGCCGAGUGGUCAGGUUCGAGUGUCCACGGGAUCCACGAGCAUCAUUACGUAUUUCUGCCGUGGGACUCCCAAUGAUCAGCAAACCCACGUCCCAUGCAUGAGGCCACGGAUCUGGCUAUACCGUUCUGGAAUGUUGUCGCGUCUCAACUCCAUUCCAUCCCACGCUCACGACCCCUCCAUGCCCCUCAAAGGUUAUUCCGCAGCAUCAGCGUGAUGUGUGGCCGGCCUGGAAUGCCGGGCCUUUGUGUCGGAUACUUUAAUAGCUACGCCUCACCCACAGAACAAAGCUUCCCAUCCCCCCAAACACCUCCUCC